AUGAGCCACGACAAUCAACGUUCGAUAAGGAUUUGCAGCACACGGCGGCCCAGGGUUAGAGGGAGCCUCCGAGCAGACGACUCCGUCUCCGCUGACUUGGCACGCUGCCCGGUGAAGUGCGCCGAGCGUCAUCCACGUGUAUCGAGACAAAUAAUGAAGUUAGUCUCUGAAAAUAUCAAUUUCAUGUUUCCUCACACGCUGCGCGCUUUUCACGGAAGAUCACAUCAAAGGCAAAGUUCCAAAAAUAUCAAUCACAUUCCAGACCCAUUACUCAACGAACUGAUGACCCGCUCGAUAGUCCCAGCGUUCCCAGAGCGAGGAGCGACGCGCCUUCUCGAUGACGUCACCUCGGUUGAAUCAUUCGGCUGCGUCCUCUGGAAGACCGAUGCGCCCGAGCAUAUAAUGCGGCGAUCCUACCUGACGCAAUAA